AUGGCUGAUAUUGACGUGGAAGAGAUCCUUUCUCGACUCUCUGUCGCCGAGAAAUGCGAUAUAACAGCUGGACUUGAUUUCGCACACACCGUACCCAUCCCACGUCUAGGAAUUCCUUCCUUAAGAACAAGUGACGGCCCGAACACAGUGCGCGGUACACGUUUCUUCAACUCAACACCAACAAUAUGUCUGCCAGCUGGGCCAGCAUUGGCAGCCUCGUGGAACAGGGAACUACUUCGUGAGGUAGGAGGAUUGUUAGCCGAUGAAUGUAUCGCAAAAGGAACGCAUGUGCUCCUAGCACCUUGCGUGAAUAUUCCGCGGUCUCCACUUGCAGGACGAGGGCAUGAAGCGCUUGGAGAGGAUCCUCUCCUCGCGGGGACCCUCGCAGGAUACAUGUGCAUCGGAAUCCAAGAAAAAGGGAUAGUGGCUACACCAAAACACUUUUUGUGCUCCGACCAAGAACAGGGGUGUUUUAGUAUGAACUGCAUGGUCACUGAGCGCGCGUUAAGAGAGAUAUAUCUCAUGGCUUUUAUGUUGACAAUCAAGAUUUGUGAUCCUGGCGCAAUCAUGGCGGCCUACAACAAAAUCAACGGACUCCACAUCACAGAAGACAAAAGAAUCUUACAUGACAUCUUAAGGAAAGAAUGGGGCUUUCGUGGCCUGGUCAUGAGCGAUUGGCACGGAUUGUAUGCAACCACAACUCCUAUCCAAGCAGGCCUGGACCUCGAGAUGCCCGGACCUAGCCAAUGGAGGGGAAAGAACCUGCUACACUCACUGUUGGCUAAUCGUCUAAGCGCUCGUGAUCUCGAUAAUUGCGUGCGACGCAUUCUCAACAUGAUCAAAGAAGCCGCUAGCUCCAACAUACCGGAACAGGCGCCGGAGAAGCCUUUGAACCGUGAGAAAGAUCGCGAACUACUUCGUCGGGCCGCAACUGAGUCGAUAGUACUCAUGAAAAAUGACGAAAGCAUACUUCCCCUGAAUCCCGACAAGGCGAUUGCUGUGAUAGGCCCGAAUGCUGCUAUUGCAGCAUACCGAGGUGGGCGUAUCGCUCAUCUUCGACCUUACUAUGCGGUGACCCCUCUGCAGGCUAUCAGUGAGAGAAGCAAUGGAAGCGUUCAAUUUUCGCGAGGAAUUUACAAUCAUAAAGAAAGGCCUCUUCUGGGCCACCAACUCCUGACAAGUCACGGCAAGCCUGGAUUCGACAUGUACAUCUACAACGAGCCGCCAACCGUUGCAGACCGCACUCCAGUCGAUCAUUACGAGUUCCUUAACUCUUGUGGUUACUUCUUCAACUAUGAAAACAUGAAGCGUAUUGAUGGUGAAAACUGGCACGUGGAUAUUUCGGGUCGCCUUGUAGCGACUGACACCGGGCCCUACGACUUUGGCGUUAGCGUACAAGGCACCGCAAACUUGUAUCUAGACGGAAAGCUCGUGGUGGACAACACAAAAGACCAGCAAUUUGGCGAAGGCUUCUUCCGAGCGGGCACGGUGGAGAAGAUAGGCACUGUUCACCUGACCAAAGGAGAGUCAUACCACGUGCUAGUCCACUGGGCUGGAGCACACACUUCAGAACUCAUCAAGAACUCUCCAUUGACAUUUCAUCCCGGCGGUUUACGUCUUGGCGGAUGUUAUCAAAUGGACGUUGCUGCCUCCAUUCGCGCAGCUGCUGAGCUAGCGUCACAGGUCGACCAAGUCGUUAUUCUUGCAGGUCUAAUGGGGGACUGGGAGAAUGAGGGCGCAGAUAGACCUGACAUCGAACUUCCACAGCACACCGACGACCUCAUCACCAGUGUGCUCGAUGCGAACCCUAAUGCUGUUGCUAGUCGCACUAAGGCUUUAUUGCAUGUAUGGUAUGGAGGCAACGAGACGGGAACAGCGAUCAGCGAUGUUUUGUACGGCGACGCCAAUCCAUCAGGAAAACUACCACUAUCUUUUCCUGUCUGUUUGCGCGAUAAUCCGACAUAUCUGUGCAGCCAAGCGGAGAGAAAACGUAUACUAUAUGCGGAGGACGUUUACGUAGGCUACCGAUACUACGACACCCUGGAAAAACCCGUACUCUUUCCAUUCGGUCAUGGGUUAUCCUACACCGAGUUCCGCCUCUCGAAACUUCGACUUGAAAUACAUGGCUCCCAGGAGAAAGCAGUGAUCACAGCGCGAGUCCAGAUUGAAAACAUUGGCAACUUUGACGGCGCAGAAGUGGUGCAAGUAUAUGUCGAGCCGCAGAAAUUCAGUGUUGGCCGCCCGGUGAAAGAGCUGAAAGGGUUCGAAAAAACACAUGUUCUCAAGCUUUCCUCCACUACCACCCUUGCAAUAAACCUGGAGUUGAAAUAUGCGUUGGGGUUCUGGGACGAAGCAGAAGGUCGCUGGGUAUGUGAAAAAGGAAAAUACAAUAUACUCGUGGGAACAAGCAGCAGAGGAACAUUCCUACGAGAAGUAUAUUCCCUCGAAGAAACGUUCUGGUGGCAAGGUUUGUAG